CUGCAUCACUGAGGACAAAUACAAUUUCAUUACCUCACCCUCAUCUUACGUAAUACAUUGGUUUAAAAAGACCAGCUACUGGGGUUGCUGCAAGUUAUUCAGAGUUUCAUUCCAUCAUUCCAUCUUGGGACAUCUCAUCUAUACCAGCUCAAGAGACCUACCAGACUCCAGAUGGCCCUCACCGGAAUCUGGUGCGCAUUUGUGCUUGUGUGUCUCAGUCUGUGUCAGACGGGGAAGGUCGACUCUUUCGGAGGGUCUUCGGAUCUCAAGCUCGGACACCAAGAUAAAACAACAUGGCUCGAAACAUUACAGGAUAAACAGGUAUCCGCUGACGACAAAUACAACCUCGUCUGGCUGCUGUACAAGCUUUCACAGUCACACCACGACAACACGUUGAAAAUAAACUCCCUCCCUCGUGCACCGGAGAGUGUCGGGAAACAGGAGAGUAGGCGCGAGACUAUGCCACAGGACUCGCGCGUUCGUAAAGAAGGAUGCAAAGUGUUCUUCUGGAAGUCAUGGACCGCCUGCUGAUCGUCUGCUUUUACUCCCAAACAGAUGCUCUUCUAAUCGACGACAGUUUUCAGUACAAAUCCUUACCAGCUUGCCAAAGUUUUUACGAAAUUGUUAAUUUAACGUAUUAUUUUUUAUUUAUUAAUUUGAAGUCACAUGGUUGUGAGGCUAUAGCCUAUUUGUCAUGU